AUGUCAAACAAUGCUGCAUAUGCUGUGUCGCCUCAGGUGAAGAAACCCUCUACAUCAUCAAAAUCCACCUUCCACUUCGCCGCCGGCCUCUGUUCCGGCCUCACAUCCUCCAUCCUUCUCCAACCAGCUGACCUUCUCAAAACCCGUGUCCAACAAUCCCAUCAAACUGCCGCCCUACUCCCAACCCUCAAAGCCAUCCUUUCCUCCUCCAAUCCGAUCCGCGGGUUAUGGCGUGGUACCCUCCCCUCCGCACUCCGCACGGGCUUCGGGUCAGCCUUGUAUUUCACGAGUCUUAAUGCCCUGCGACAAGGGCUAGCGCAGAAUGGCUCUUCGAUGCUCAUCGCCAACAAUAAUGGCGUUAAUACUUCAGCUCUUCCGAAACUCUCCAACUCGGGAAACCUAGCCACAGGAGCCGCGGCUCGGGUAGCCGCAGGGUUCGUCAUGAUGCCGGUCACUGUGAUCAAGGUGCGCUACGAGUCGGAUUACUACGCAUAUCGCACUUUAUACGGGGCGGGGCGGGAUAUCGUCCGCACAGAGGGGAUGCGGGGUCUAUUCUCAGGGUUCGGGGCAACCGCCGCGCGUGAUGCACCGUAUGCUGGACUCUACGUCCUGCUUUAUGAGCAGUUGAAGCGCCGUUUCGCCCUAUUAUCUGCUCCUAAUGGGGAUGCACCCACGACAUCCUCGUCGUCGAUUAACUUCGUCUCGGGUGGGUUAGCCGCUGGUUUGGCUACGACCAUUACCAACCCGUUUGAUGCCGUUAAGACCCGGCUGCAGCUUAUGCCGGGGAAAUACGGGAAUAUGCUCCGUGCGGUUAGCUUGAUGAUUCAUGAAGACGGUGUGCGCAGUCUGUUGGGUGGUCUUGGGCUGCGGAUCGGGAGGAAAGCAUUAAGUUCGGCCCUCGCUUGGACCGUGUAUGAGGAACUCAUCCUCCGCGCUGAGAACCACUGGGCUGCUCAAAAUCAGAUCCAUCUGUGA